UACCGGCUUAAUACAGUGUACAAAGAUAUCAAGUUGAGGAAAAUUGGGGCUGUCCACCAUGAGGCUUUGGUGCGCAUUUGGUUUGUUGAUGCUGACGAUUGGUAUAGCGGUUGCAGAUUCUAGCGAGGAGUGCAACGGCAGUCAUGAGUCAUGUAAGGAUGGUGGAUCUGGUGGAGAUGGUGGAGAAAGUGCUAGCCGAUGCAAGAACAAGCCGGAUGGAACAAUUUUGCCUUCGUAUGAUUGCAGUAUGUUCGUAGUUUGUGAAGGAGAAAAGGAACUGGAAGAGGCCUGUCGACCGCUUGGGACGAUGUUUGAUCCGGAACGAGUUGUUUGUGACUAUCCAGAAAAUGUUAAAUGUUGGGAAGGUGAUCUGUGUUCCGGAAAGCCUGAUGGUACAGUAGUACCUUCUGACAAUUGUGAAUAUUUCGUCGUUUGCCAGGAUGGACGCCUCGGCGAGGAACAUAAAUGUGUCCCUGAUGGCACCCUUUUCGACUACCAACGCGGAGUAUGUGAUCAUCCAGCCAAUGUCAUUUGUUGGGGAUCUGAUGGUCCGAAUACAUGUGAAGGAAAGCCCGAUGGUGCGUUAGCUCCAUCUAUGGAUUGUUCAAAGUAUGUUGUUUGUCGAGGCGGAGAAAAGGACGAAGAAGUACAAUGCUUACCCGAUGGAACGGUUUUCGACCAUGUUCGAGAAGUAUGCGAUUACCCUGAAAAUGUGGAAUGCUGGGAACCCGGCAGUGGCGGAGGUAAUGGCGAUUCUAACUCCACAACCGCUAUUCCACCAACAAGACCACCUCUUGAUGGAGAAAUUCCUAAAGAUAUAUGCAAAGGACUCAUCAUUGACAUUUUACCUCACCCGACGGAUUGCACAAAAUACGUGGUGUGUGUUAUGGGACAGCCCACCGUCGAGUCUUGUGACGAAGACGAAAUUUUUUAUCCCUCAAUCGGUGUCUGUGGAUACGGUAAUACUGAAACUUGUGAAGGAGAUGAGAAAUGGUUGAUGAGUUAUCUGGCAAAGCAUAACAUAAAAUCUGAUAUCUAACUGUUCAAAUAGAAUAAAUGAUUCAUAAUUACAUUGGCGCUGAACAUUCAGAGCACCCGCAAAAUGAUAAAAAGUGUUAUCACUUCUAAUCAUCUCGUAUAUCAUAUUCUUUACUUUUUGAAUAAAUGCAAAUAAAAAAAUGUCCACUGACCUCUAUUUAUGCAAAGCCUCUAUCACAUCUCAUUCAGAACAAGUUGAACAAGCAUUCAAGAUGAAUUCCAAAUUCCUGGUUUUUCUGGCUUUUGCAAUACUGGUAGCAUCUUGCAACGCGGCUAGUAAGGAAAGAAGUAAAGAAUCUAAUAAAAACUCUAAAGAAUCGGAAGAAUCCAGAGAAAGAAAUGAUUCUGAAGAGGAGUCCAAAGAGAAACCAAAAUAUCGUCCUGAGAGAACUACCACCGUAUCAUCCGGAACGCCAACUGUCCCACAAGAACCCAGUACGGUAGAUAUCACUACAGAAGCCACUGGGACUACCGUUGACAUUACUACCGAAACAACAGAAGCAACUACGGAGGAACCUACAGCAGAAACUACGGAAGAAACGUCACCCGCAGAACAACCAACAACUGCAGGUUCAAUUUCGGAAGCUGAACUGAACGCUCUGUGCAAAGGGCAGAUGAUGAGCCUGCAACACUACCCCGGAGAUUGUUCGCGAUAUGUAGUCUGCGCUCUUGGGCGACUAGUUGGUGAAUAUAGCUGUGAACUGACCAAUAUUAACAAUUUACUCGGAAUAUGUGCAUGCUGACGUUCAAACUUGGAGAAGCUUUUGCCAAAACAAGCCGUUAUCAAUUAAAUGCUUUUAAAUAAAUAUAUCCUGCUGACAAUGA